CGGACUCUGGAUCGUCCAGGGUUCGGACGGAGACAAGCGCGCCCUGCCCUCGGAGACCAGCUACAAGUUUAGUCCGUUUAGUCACGUCGGGCAUCUUCUCCGCGUAAGAAAUUAUUCUCCCGAUUUUCCGGAAAAAUAUGUGGCGCCUCUACUAAGCUCCUGCGAGAUUCGAAAGGGAAAAACGUCCGAUAUCGAAGCGACAUAGAGAAAUGGCGAAAUAUUUUGGACUUGGGUACUGCUGCUUGCAUCUUCAGUUACUUUGCUUCUCAGCGGUGUUCUCUAAUAUCGACCGCGUCGAGUUAAUAAUGCCCCGCUACGCGACCAGAGGCGGACACGUGAUAAUGACGUGCGAGCACAGCGUGCCUCCCGAGCAACUGCACAAAGUAGUGUGGAAGAAGGGCGAAAGCAAAAUAUUUGUCUACAUCAAAGGACGUGACCCACCCUUCAUAUCGUAUUCCAUCGCGGGAGCCACACUCAACAAAACAAACAGCAGCCAGAAGCAAAUACAACUUUCCAAUUUGGAGUUUUCCGCCGGCGGCUCGUACCAUUGUGUCGUUUCCAUGGAGACGCCCAGCAUUUUCAGCAAGGAAUCAGAAAAAAAGGACUUAAUUAUAAUAGAACCGCAAAGGGUGGAUCCAAAAAUAACAUUCUCGAAAACCAAGUAUUUGGUGGGCGAAAUUUUGGAGGCUAACUGUACCACGGCCCCCUCCCGACCGCCACCGCAUAUUAGCUGGCUGCUGAACAAGAAAAAGGUGCUGGAUAAGUGGACGAGGUCGUUUUCAAACGGCGCGAUGAUGCAGGGUCCCGAGUCAAGAGCGCCUUCGUUAAAACAAUUAUCGAUCGAGGUAUCACAGCUCCAUUAUGGUUUGCUUAAUCUUACAUGCAUGGCAACAAUCCCGGGAUACGUCAACGACGAGAGCGACUACGCGGACAUAAGGAACGCAACAGUAACCAUUGCGAUCGAAGACGAAAUGAGGAACGCGGCAGAUCCGUCUCCAGUUGAGUCAAAACUGUCAAACGCGUGGAGCGCUUUACGUCAGAACAGUCUGUUGGGUCGCAUUAUCUUCUUUUACCACUACACGUGCACAGCGUGCUUAUUGCUGCGCCUCUUCGUCUAGAGAGCGCCGUUUCCUUUAGUCGUGGUUGGAGAGGAUCGGAGCGAGCGAAAAACGUCUCGGUUGUGUUCUAAAUAAUUUCUUAAAACGUUAGGCUUUUAAAAUUUUAACACGUAAGGCCGCUUGUUAGCAAACGACAACCACCGAAACGUUUGCGGCAUAGAGCUUGCGUAUACGUUUUCAGGACUUGAAACGCUUGGUGAUGCUUCAUUUAAGCAGAACAGCCAAUUCGUAUCAAAUCAACCGAAAAUAUUGCGAAUUUUCGAAACGUCCACAUUUCCAGAGUCAAAUUUUAGUUAAAAUUAAUAUGAGAAUAAAAUAAAAAACAGGACAGCGAAUGGAGCCCGAACUUUUCCUACGCAAAAUGGUUCACGGCUAAUUUUUUAACCAAUUUGGAAUGUUUUGGUCAUUAAGGUUCUGAACAGCAGCAUUCAUGGGCCGCAUUUCUUCUAUGUCCGGUUUUCGAAAUUGGGCAGCAGUUAAUUUUAAUAAUUUCCUACCAACAAUAACCCAUUAUAAAUAAAAACUUCACUUUUUGAUACAAUUGUUAAUUUUUGGUUAUUUUGUGGUCUUUAAAAGUCAAUUUUUUUAUAAAGAAUGUACUAAAAUAAUAAUUAAAACAAAGACUGAAUGUUUAAAUCUCUUUAAAAAUGGGAAGGGAUGAAUCUUAACAAUGUUUAAUAACCGUUGAUUUCGUUAAAAGAAAAAAUCAAAUUAUAACGGGCAAAAAGAAUGAAAAUAUAAUUUAUUCGAAGACAAAUUAAAAUUGUAAAGUAACAAACAAAACACAAAUAAUUUUAGCAAUUUAGUAUAUGGGUAGAGUGUACCAACGACUUUAUGUAUAGGGUGGUCCAUUUUAGAUUAUCCUAUACCUUGUCUCAAUAAGUACGGCGCUGAGAACAAUGUAUACAGAGUAUUGUUCCAGGACAGUAAUCAAUUUUUUUUUAUUGGAACAUUAUGAACAUUUUUAAAAAAUCCAUUUAUUCGCUUAAUUUUGAGCAUUUUGAGUAGUUUUUGAGAAAAAUGAAUUUUUCUAUUUUUUCGCUGAAAAACACCUCUUUAUAUAGAAAACGUGUUCUAAUUAUUUGCAUUACUUGUUGAUUUUAUAUUAAAUAUAAGUAAUUAUUGUCUAAAAGAUACUUAGUUAGAAUAGGAGACUAUAUAGGUAGAUUAGGUAGAUUUAAAACAAAAUACACGAGUUAUUGCAGAAAAUUGGGCAUAACUACUAAACUAGCAAUUUUUAUAAUAAAAGCUAUAUGUACGAAAUGUUAAAGAGUUAAAUCCCAAACCCAAUAAAACUGCUAAAUACAGGGUAAAGAAGAGUUUUUUUUAAUUAGAAAAGACAUUACUUGAUGGUUGAUGUAACCACCCUGUAUAAUAUAUUUUCGCCAUAAUAGAUAGAUCAAAGCAUUAAUUAUUAACCACUUUCAUGGACCAAUAAUAAAAAUUACCUAUUUUUCCUUUCAAGCGGAAAAACACAUUUUUCCAAAAACAUUAAUUUUUCUCAAAAACUACUCAAAAUUUCGUAUGCUAUGUGAUGACAGAAAAUACUCCAAACCAAGCCAAUAAUUAGAAUUUUUAAAAAUAUUCAUAGCAUUUCAUUUAAAGAAAUAAAAUUGGUUACUGUCCUGGCAUAAAUAAAAUAUAUACUUAGGGUCAAACAGUUUUUGCAUUUAAUAUCUUUAUUGAAAUAAGGUAUAUGAGUAUCCUAAAUGUACCACCCUGUACUAUAGGCCUUCCUAAGUAGUCCCAAACAUCUUCAAUUAGGUUCAGGUCUGGAGUAACUGCUGCUCAAUCUACAAUUUGAAUGUCAACCUACUGAUCGUGAUUUUUGCAACCUGCAAUGUGAGCGUUAUCUUGCAUAAGGACAAAAUUAUGGCCAAUAUAUACCGAUUAGCUGUUAAAGAUCCCUUACGAAACAGUACUAACUCUGCUUGAAUACUUCACUAAAUCACCUUCAAAAUUUGAAAUACAUUGGACAAAUCGCUCCCAUGGAUGUCUGGUAAAGUCGAAUAAAAUACGAUUUUUGUCCUAAACAAAAAAGCUGUAUAUUUAGACUUGAUGGAUUGUUCGCACCUAAUGGAGAUCAUACAUGUAUCCUAAAUAAUGUUCUUUAAAAAAAAUCUUUAGGUCAAAACGUUUUUAAAGUUUUUAAAAUUAUGCGAAACUUUUUGUGACGAGGUUGUUUCAGUUUGUUAUUAUGGUAUAUAAUUAUAACGUGAGGUAAAUGCGUCUUCUAUUUUUCUAACUUCAAUUUUAAAAAUAUGCUGUAGGAUUUAGAAAAAGAAAUUGAAUAUUAAGGUUAUAAGGGUUUUCGUAUAACAACCAAAAUCACCCAUUAUAUAGGAUGUAUUGAAAAACAGUUAUUCCAACAAAUUUUUGUCUUAACCUUAAAUAUAUUAAUUAUUAAAAGCCUUGAAAAAAAUCUAAAAUGGUCGUUCUGUGUCAUAUCACCAUAAAGAAAAAUAAGAACCUUUGAUUAACAGAAUAUAAUUGGUAGUGUUGAAGCUCUAAAACACUAAAAUACAGUACAAAAAGACUCUUAAAAUUGUACUGAAUAAUUAAAUUAAAUUAAAUGAAAUCAAGUUGUUGACAAAAUAUUUCAAAAUACCCUUUUCUUGGUAAACUAAAAACAAUAUCUCACUUGUCGGAAAAUAUUGGAAAUUCGAUUUAGCUUACAAUAUUGACAGGGAAGCCAUGAACUUGGAUGUACCUAUCUAUUAAAUAUUACCAAUUAUAUGAAAACAAAUUAUCACAGUUCAUAUUGAUAUAGCGGAGGAUAUUUGAAAUUUAGCCAAAAAAAUAUAUAUCAAUAUUUGAAAAGAAAUAUAUUGUCCAAUGGUUAAAAUAAAAAAUAUGAAGUUUUAUUAUUAACUCUAUCAGACGUUUGUCAGAACUGAAGUUUAUUUCUUGUGUUGAUAUUUCGGUCUACCGUUUGUGAAACUUGAAUUCCAAAUUAAUAUUUUUUAUUUAUAAUAGGUUAUUGCUAAAAUUAUAGGCAUAUAGCCGUCGUCAAGAUCUACAGCAUACUAAAUUGGCUGAAAGACAUUUAGCAUAAGAAAAUUGUUCGAAAAGUUUUAUUGGUAAGGUAAAUUAGCCCUCGCCUAUCGAGCACUUAAUGAUAUACAGGAACUUUACAAUAACGAAAAAAAUACGUUUGCUGAGGAAAGCCUCGAAUAUAAUUUCCUUUUUGAUAUAACUUCGAUAUUAUUUAUUUCUCUCUCUACCACUAAAAUUUAGUAAAAUAAAUAUUUGUUUACAAAAAAUCUGGUCUUAUUUAUUCCACUGAAAAUUUGAAAAACUGUCUCAUUUAUCGUUAUCAAAAGUUGCGGACUUCAUAAUUACAACAGUUUCUUAAUUUUAGAAACUUUUAGCCGCAAAAAUGAUGUAAGGUGUUCGAAAUUGAUGUAGACGGUGGAUUUAUGACUUAUAAGGUAUACGUUGGCCUGUAUAUUAUUGCAUGAUGUCUUUGUACCUAUUUUCAGUGGUUUUGCAUAUUUUCCAUCAAAAGUAAAUCAAAACCAACAGUUGCUACUAGUCAGCAGUAACAAAUUUACCUGUUUAUAGUUUUAUUUGCAUUUCCAAUACAGCCAUCUUUCACCACUUUUUAUAAUGAUAAACGAAAGCUGCGUUCAUUGCAUAUUUUUAUAUCUGUUUUUAACUGUCUGAAAUGGUUUGAGGUUAUCUUCGUCUGAACUCUCUUUGUUUAUCUACCUAUAUACAUUACCCUAACUGAUAAAAUAUGUUCUGUUUGUAACUAACUGAAAAUCGAAAAUGUGCAGCGUAUUUUCUUUCAAUGCCCAUUUUAUGCCCAUCUUCGUCAAAUCUUUAUAAACAAUAUCACGGAUCUUGUUAACUCAUUAAAAAUAAAUUAAAAUUAUGUUUGCAGUUGCAAAUUGCGGAAUCAACUCAAAGAAGGCACGAUCAUUUCUGCGAAAUGGAUAAUUCAAUUGCUGGACCACUUAUUAAACAGAUCGAGAUUUGUGAUGAGGCUAUGUAUUGCUUAGAUGCAGCAAAUUAAAGACAGUAUUUUUUAAUAUGAUGCUUAGCAGAGAAAGAUAAUUUUCUUUUCAGAAAUAAAUAGAAAAUGCAAAACAGGAAAAAAGCAGAUUAGGACGUGAUAUUCAGAGGACACGACAAUCUUGGAACGCAAGAAGAAGAAAUCAUUACAAUAUUAAUUAAACUCUUGCGUCUGGAAUUCAUCUUUGUUUUGUACAAGUACCAAGUUUCUUAGUUCUCCUAAAACUUGGUGACAAUCAGUGAGAGCUAGAAAGAACUUACUAAUAUUCAAUCGAUGUAUAUUAAAACAAGCAUUAUUUAAAAUAAUGUUACAUCUUCCAACAUUUUUAAAUUAAUGGAGAUAUCAAAGAAACUACUGAAAAUAAGUAUAAGGAACUACAAAGUGUGAGAUAAUUAUGAGACACCCAUAACAAUCAACUUUUGCAUUCAAAACUUUUCUAUAUAAUAAACUGGGAUGAAGAUUAAAAAGAAUCCUACUCUGUAUAAUGUUUUGUUCACUAAAAUUGACCUUUUAGCAUCUAAAAAAAGACGUUUCUUUUUUCAAGUGAUUACAUUAUAUAGUUAUAAUCUACUGUGGUUUUCCAAUUAAAUAUCACUAAAGUACUCAUUUAAUGCUUUUCAUAAUUGUUUUGCAAAAACUAUCGGAUAACUGUAAAAUAAAUCAAACUGAUAGAAAAAUUUAUAAAUUUAGUUACUCAAACAAAUAUGUAUGAAUAUAUGCAUAUUUUUUAAAGUUGUCAAAUAUUUGGAGAAUUUACUGACACAUGCUGUACAAUAUAAUAUACAUUUAAUUGUUUGUCAAAAUAUUCAUUCUUUUUACAAAAAUCAUUGAAUUUUAGAGGGAAUAUUUACCUUACAACCAUUCGCCCUACUAGUUUAGUUUACAUCACUUUUUUUAUAUUGUAACGCGUAAAUUUUAGAACAACCAAAAAUAUUCGACUUUAUUAAUAGUCGAAUAUCUAUUAACAAUCACUGAAAUGGACGACAAAGUUCGGUUGGUUUGAUAAGUUUUAAUUAAUUGAAUAGUAGACUUUCUUAUGGGUUUUACGAAAUCUAUUAGAAAAUGCACGAGAAAAAGCACAAAAAUAAUGUAAAUAUUAAAUUUGCUAGCCUGAUAUUUAAAAUGGCCUUCGCAACGGAAGGCGACCAUUCGUUUUUUUCACGCUUCGUACCGCAUCGCUUUCCAAAUGGUAACAAAUUUCCUAAAACUCAUAAUAAGGUGAUUGUUGGUAAUUGAGGGAUUAUAAACGGUGGAAAAGUGGAAAGCUCCAUUUAAUUUUGCGCCAUUUAAAUGAAUUACGAAAUCAACUUACAGCCGUAAUAAUACAUUUUUGUUUAAAUUAUUAUUUAGUAGUUAGCUAGCAAAAACUAAUCAGAACGCUGGACACUGGAUAAUGGCAGUCCUGGAUUUAAAUGCUAAGUGCAUAUCCGAAGCAUUUAAUCUAAGCCUCAAAGUUUUUGGCAAUUUAUUGAGGAAAUUCUUGGAAUUGGCAUCUUAGAGGAUAUAAAAGUCUUUUGUCUUUGCCUCAAAUUAUAGAGAUUUCUGCAAAAAAUAAGGAAUUAUAAAGAAAUAAGAGGUAACCAUAUCUAACCAAAACAAUUCAAACAAAAACAACAAAAAAUAUCAGAAAACCUUAAAGAUUGGAUUGGAUUGGAUACGCUUACUUUUAAAAUGUUACUUUUCAACAUAUUUUGGAUUUUAUACAGAUUCUAAAUAUUCAAUUGAUUUCUCCGACUUUAUACAUUUUGGUUUAAUUUUCUUUUUUUCUUCCAACCUAUAAAUUUAAAAUAGAAAAAUCGAUAAAAUUUCAGUUUUUCAAUUUUUAUAAUUUUAUUUAUUUUGUGUAAGGUUAUAAAACAUUUUUCUAUCAUGAAACAAACAAAACAAACGUCACUAGUUUGACUUGCAAAUAAUCAGAUGUGUGCCACCUAAUAAGGUAAUUUGUUAUUGUUAUUGGUAUUAUAAUACAAUAAAAUGUCAAUACAAAGUUUUCAUUAUAUAAAAACUAAUGUACUGAUAGUAAACAAAAUCAAAUCAUAAAGAUACGUUGUUAUUUGCAAAGUACUAUUAAUUUACCUAACCUUAAAAGUACCAAAAUUUUUUAAUAGUUCUUGUAGCUGUUUCUCACUGUUAUAGAUCAGAAAAAUUUUAACAUGUUUUUCAUAAAGUUUGUUCCGUUCCUUGAAAUCGGGCAAUUAAUAGGCGUACAGCAGUUGUAUAACGGAAAAACGUUUUAUUGCUAAUAAUCCAAAAUCUACAACUUUUUCAAACACAAAGUCUAUUUUUUUAAAAAUACUCUAUGCUAUGAAAUUAUAAGAAUGACUUAAUGACUUUUUCGUUAAAAUUCUUAAUGUUAUUUUAUGAUCAUCCUGUGUCUCUUUAUUUUUAAAAUAUAAUUGCAGUCCACUGAAGGAAAAUCUAACCCAAAUAUGUAACAAAGUCGGAAAAAUCGAUAGAUAUAAGUGCAACUAAAAAUUUUUUUAAUCUACAGAGCGUUUAUUUAAAAGAACGAAGUGGUGAGUUGUCCACGACAAUGCGAAUAUGGUGUAUAUUAUAACAAUAUCAAUUUUAAAAGUAUAAGUGAAUCCAAAUAACUUUCAUCCCCAAGUUUUUUUAUAUCUAUUUUACAGGCUCUGAGGUAAGGACAUCCCACAGUGCACCUUUUUUUAAUUAACUUUGACUUUCAAGGCCCGUUGGGGAAGUCAUACUUAUUCCUGAUCAUUAGUUGAUCUCUGAACAAUGAAUCGUUAAGUCACAGAAGCCAGAUUUUCUUAAUUACACAAAAUUUAAUUUUUUAUUUAUUAUUUAAUUACACAAGAGCUCCUUUUUUUAGAUUCUGAAAUCUACUUAUAAAAUUGUAAAUGGAAAAACGUGUUUAGUUUUUCAAAAAUUGUAUGAUACAAAAACUAAGGAACCAGCUAGUACUGUAAGAGAUAUAAAAGUGGAGAUAUUCUCUUUUUCGACUGGGUCUUUCAACAAAACUACCUAAUCUAACAUCAGUUAAUAUAUUAGUUCGAAAUGCUAUUUUUGGUAAGUUGUCAAAGGGACAUUUUCAAGUUUUUAGACCUUAAUAUCCAGUUUUCCGACAGCAUCACUUAUCAUUUCCUCAUACAAAAGAAUAUUUCCGGUAGUUGUGUCUGUCUUGCUAUAAUUUUAUAAUCAAAAUACCAGGAUAAUUUAUAAAACUGGAGCAGGAAAUUUAGCAGCUUUGAUCCAGGGCUGUCAUCGACGACCAUCGAAUUUGAUCUUCGUUUAGCUUUCGACAUUUUUCUGGCUGCCGCCAUUUUGGAAAUGCAAAGGUAUGUUGCAGUUUUGCCUAAUUUUGAUGCGAAACCUCUAAAACUAUUGCGAUAAUGAGAUAUUAUUUUGUUAUUCCAUACUAUUUUGAAUAUAAUGCGCACUUUAUUAUCAAAUUAGAGAUGACUGCCCGCAGGAUGGUACUACCUAAAAAUUAACAAAAAGUUCUGCAGAAACUUUACGAUAUUCGGUGACUCCCUGACUCACAGCACUUUGGGAAACGAUUUGAAAAUUAUAUCUGGCAAAUCGUCAAAAUAUCCUUUUCACCUGCAACCGUUUAGUUAUAACGUUCUUAGCGAGCGGGCGUUUAAACAUGAUUGCAAAACUCAUGUGAUUAGAAAAAAAAGAAAAAAACGACCUCUUGCACUAUUUUUAAACUAUUUUUAUUAUUUAAAGCUCCAUUAAACGGAUGCUCGCUUUCGUGUCAUGCUAAAUUUGAAAAAUAUUUUUGAAUGAAAACCCUACAUGAGAUGUUUCGAUAUUACGAUUUUUUUGUUUUUUUGUGUAAUUUUUAAUUUGAAAAAAAACUCUUUGAAAGUACAAUUUUUUUACAAAUGAUGUCACAUAAUGAAAACUAUAAUAGCCCUACUCAUAGAAAUUUCAAAUAGGGGGACUGGUUUAUAGGUACACAGUUUUAGUUGACAUUUUCUCAGCAGCAGAUAAGGGAGAAUUAGAUUAUAGCCAAGCUUUUGGAUGCCCUCAAUCAAGUUCAAAUAUUACGGAUUUAAAUUUAAGACGAUUCAAUCGAUUCGCAACUAUCUGGAUUUCUGUUUCAAUUGGAUGUCGACAUCGGGGUCCCUCAGGCACGCUAUUAGAAUCUCUUUUCUUCAUUAUUUGUACAGUAGAUAUGUUUGUUUGAUUUGUUUAGUUAAACAGUUAUGGAAAUACAAAAGCCCGAAUAAGUCUAAAUUAAUAUACUUUAGUUCAGCUAAGUAUGGGACCGCUCAAAACUUUGAUACAUUUAUAAAUGGUAUUGGAUUUCCAGCUGUGGAAGAAUAUAAAACCUUGGGUGUAAUCCUUGAAAACAAAUUUAGAUUUUGUACACAGGUUUCCACACUUUGCCAGAAGUUUUUUUUUAAUCUCUGCACUGGUUCUGAUUCAUCUAAAUUGCUUGUCUAUUUAUCCUGCUUGGAGGUCUUUACCAAAUAUAAAUUACAGAAAAGAUCACGCAAGUCAUAAACUUCACAAUUUAAUUACAAAUCAAUUUCAAAUCGAGUCGACAAGAAUUACUUUGCCUCUUUUCAUAAACUAUUUAAAGCUUGUACUUCUUUUACGGAAAAACACCUAGAUAAUUAAGAAUAUUCGUUUAUAUAAUAUUAUCAUUAUCUUACCACAUAUUAUAAUAUAGGCAGUGGGAGAAAUAAAACUACUCGUUAAGCAAAAUGACAGACGACUGGAGAAAUUCGAUGCUUCAAAAAGUCGGUACCCUAAAAAGAAGAGACGAAUACAUUCUAAUGCAUCGUAUAGACGGGAUGAAAACUAAUAUUUUUGGAAAAGCUGUUUUUUUCUUUAACGGCUUUAAUAAACUGCCGGACAAAAUUGACAUUACAUAUUUGCCACAUUUUUGUUGCUAUUUUUCUUAUCUAUGAUCCGAUUGGGAUAAGUUUUUUUGGAUUGUACGUUGGUUCCGGUAGCGGGUAGGUAUAGCCUAUCAGGGGAAAUGAGUCAUCCCUGCCGACCGCAGACUCCAGGUGCCUUCUGACCCGGAAGGCUGUCGCCUGUAUAGGGUCCCAGUCCAGGGUACGGAUGAAGACCACAACGGUGGCGAAGGCGUUAGAGGCGCAGCUUCAAAAUGGCUUCAAUAGCGGAGGUGGCAACCCAGUCUUUAGGGAUAGUAUAAAGACAACAGCAGCGUCUGACUCAGAGUGAGCGGCUGCAAACAGCGUCUGUCUCAGAGUGAGCGGCUGACUAUUAGGUCCUCGAAGAAGGAGGUGUGUGCAAGGAACAGACUUGGGAGAAGGAUCUUUGGAAGAUAGAUCCGAAUGAAGGGCUCGAUUAAAGGACGGAAAAUGGCUACGGCUGUAGACUCCUUGGGUAUAUAUUGUUGCUUCCUUGACAAUGUCAUAGUUUUCGCUGAUAACGAUAAAAGGUUCAUUUUCGAUUUAUGCCGGCUGAAAUAAAAUGUUAUGUGUUUUUCAGAAAAUUCGCAUCACCCUGUGGAGUAUACUAACAACUGAAACAUAUAGCAGUUGACAUUAGAAGGUAGCUCCAUUUUUUUUUUGGUUAACUUCAUUAUCUCUGUUAUCCAAGAAGAUGCACCGUUUUACAGCGUAACAUGUUUUUAUAGAUUUUGUGAUUCAGUAUAUUCAUUGUUAAAUGUUUUCAAGUAAAGGCUAUCGAAUUUUUUCGACAUUUCAAGCGAUACAUUAUGUGUUUGCCUAUAAUUUCUGCUCGCUUUGAUAAAUGAAAACGGAAUUAACGAAUGAAUUUUUUAAUAAAGUAAUUACAAUAUUAACAUUGCAUCUGACUUUACAACAAUUUUUUUUGGAAUUGCGUGAAACUGUGAAACAUGAAACAACAAAACAUCAAUCAAUCACCUCUACUUCGAAUCACUGCAUUGAAAUUAAAUUUUUAAUUGCAUCUUGUCGAAUAUUCUCCUGUCCUGCAAAUUACUGCAUUCACCAAUUGAUUGUGGUUGACCGGUACGAGAUUGUGACUUCCAACCUUCCUUUUUAGAACACCCCAUAGAUCUUCUAUGGGAUUUAAAUCGAAACUGUGAGGUGGCCAUUCCAUUAAUGGAAUAGCUACAGGGUUUACUUUAGUAGAGUCGAGAAGAUACCUCCAUCUUUAACCAACCUUUUCAUUGUUGGUUUCCUUAAAUAUCUUUGUUAUUCAAGAAGAUACACCGUUUUAUAGCGUAACAUGUUUUCAUUGUUAAAUGUUUUCAAAUAGGUUUCGGAAUUUUUUUGACAUUUUAAGCAAUUUGUCAACCGAUUUUUUGUUCUAAAUUAACAAAGGUCAAAUAAACUACUGGUAAAAACUCUUCGGAAAUUACUUAUUAAUCGUUCUUUUCAUUUGCCGAGUUGUCCGACGAUUAUUUUAUUCUUGAAACAUGAAUCAACAGGAAAAGCAGUGAGAGCUUUAAUUUUAGUGGAUGACGGCCGUUCAAUCUGUCAUGUUGCUAAUGUGAUCUUACCCUCGAAGGCGGGACAAGGACGAAAACAAUGUACCGACCAGAAAUUACCAACAUGAUGGACAUAAACGUGUUUGGCGAAGGGCUGGAGAGAGAUUUGCAAGUUGCAAUAUCUCACCAAAAAUCCCACGUGGUGGAGGCUCUGUCACGUUUUGGGGAGGAGAGUUAGUGCCUGUGCGUGUAAGAUUAUUAUCUAGAAAACAUUUUAAUUGAACAUGUAAUUCCAUUUGUUCCUUUUUUGAGACCCAAUAGUUUAUUUAUACAGGAUAAUGCUCGUCCCCACGUGGCUGGACAAGGUAUAGACUACUCUGUAACUACCAGAUUGAUGGAAUGGCCACCUUACA